CUCUCCCCAAACCAUCGUAUGAUAGGAAGAAAGAGAAAGGAAAGGAUUACUGCUGAUUGAGCCUUACAGAUCAAACAGAAAUAUCUGAUGACAUCAAAAGGAUCUACUCCUUGCAGAUUGAUAACAAUCUUGGAUUAAAGACGGUACGUUGCAGAUUAAACAGAAAUCUCUUAACAGAUGACAUCAAAAGGUAUGUUAAACGAGAUUUAUAUAUUUGAUUUCAAUCCUGGCAUAAAGGUUAUUUUCACAUUUUAAUACAACAUAUUACAGAUUUUUAUGCUUACAAUUAUCCCUUGGUAACAACUGGGAUGGUGAAUCUUUCUUCUUUCUUCUUCCUUUCCUUUCCUUUGAAAUGGACAAUGCUUUCCUUCGGUAAGAGAACGAUGAAUCUUUCUUCUUCUUUCUUUUGGGUCGUCAUGUUUAGAACUUGUAGUAGUCUUCGGGUUGGGAUUGUUUGUUCAGUAUUAGGUUUCUGUCUCGGCUGAUUCAACCAUAAAAAGGUGGUCUGGGUUUCUCUAAAGAUUAUUUAGCUUAUUCGGUGGAUCCAUCUAUUCUUAGCUGUGAUAAUGUGUUUGGUUCUUUGUGAUGCCAUUAAUUUAGAUCACUUUUUGCAGAGUUGGGUUUGAAGCUGCAACGGAAGUGUGCCAUUUUUUUUUGAUCAGCUUCAUCUACUUUUUUUUUUCUUGUUUGCUUUCUGCUCGCAAAAAGAGAAUAGUUCUUUAUUCCUUCAUCCUUUCCAUUAAAAUACAUUGCAUCAGCCUACUGUUAUCUCAGUUUGUAUUCACUAGAUUACACUUCAGGACUUAAUUUUCCUAGUUUGUAUUCACUAUAUUACACUUCAGGACUUCUUUUUCCUGUUUACUGUAGACCUUCAUUUUGUUCUUCGCUGAUAUGAUUUGAACAUUUACAAGCCAUUUUCGGAUUGUGGAUCUGUGAAUUGAAUCGUAGACCAAAUGGAGCAGAUAAACUCACAACCAUCUGAAGAAGAUAGCUGUGGUGAAUCGACGAACAAAGGAAAUGAAGAUUUGAAGAAGGGACCGUGGACGUCUGCUGAGGAUGAGAUUUUGGUGAAUUAUGUUGACAGAUUUGGUGAGGGGAACUGGAAUGCCGUUCAGAAGCACACAAAACUCCGUCGAUGUGGCAAAAGCUGUCGUCUACGGUGGAUUAAUCAUCUCAGGCCAAAUUUAAAGAAAGGUGCUUUUACAGAAGAUGAGGAGCAGCUGAUCAUUGCACUCCACUCUAAGAUGGGAAACAGAUGGGCUCAGAUGGCUGCAUUUUUGCCUGGGCGUACCGAUAAUGAGAUAAAGAACUACUGGAAUACACGAAAGAAGAGAUGCCAGCGUGCUGGUUUGCCCCUUUACCCUCCAAAUGCAUGCCACAAUGUCUCCGAGGAAAAUGUGCAAUGCUCACGUCUCAGCAAGUACAGUUACAGUUAUGAUCAGCCUCUUGAGCUCCUUCAGGGAAGCUUCCCUGACAGUCCUGAUAUUAUAUCUGACAACUUCCAGACAAGUUAUGGGGCUUCCUCCUAUGCAAUGCCAUUUGCGGAUGCAGCGGGUUUUGGAUCCCAGAAUUAUUCCUUUGCAAAUCCAACAGCUAAUUGUGUUGAGCAAUCUACAGACUCUGAAAAAUUUCUCCUUGCCUUACAUGGUAGUGUUGCGGAUGUUUAUCCUACAACCAAACAAUUUUUGUUUCAGCCUUCAGGAAGCACACCUCGGAAUUGUUUUGGUUCUCUCCAUGGUGCUGAUCCCAGCAGCCAGAGCCUGGCACCUUUGCUAGGUGCCAUCCCUGGCAGCUAUGCCCUUCUAAAUGAUACCUUCUCUACUUAUUGUCCCACUCGUGGAACUGCAAAGUUAGAGCUCCCUUCAGACCAAUGUGUAGAGACUGAUGCCAGUAGCAGGCUUAGCUGCCCAGCCACACCUGUUUCAGUUUAUAAUGUUCAAUCUCCAUCAGCAACUGUCUCAGUGCAAUCCAAUUUUGUUUCACCAUGGAAGAGUGGUCCAAUGCUUCGACAGGCGCAUGUACUGAGCGAUGCAGAGAAGGAACCAUCUGAGAUGAGCUCAAUUACUUCUACCAUCAAACCCAAUGAUGUUUUCGAGUGCUCAGGUCUUAGUAUCAAUGAUAUGGAGUUGUAUUCUACAGCUGUUGCUGAUUCAUAUAUGGAAUCUCCAUCAGCUCUCGUCUCAUUGCAAUCCAAAUGUUUUCCACCAUGGAAGAGUAGUCCGGUGCUUCAAGAGGCUCAUGUACUGAGCAGUGCAGAAAAAGAACCACCUUUGAAGAGCUCCUCAGUAACUCCUAUCGUUAAAUCCAGUGAUGUGUCAGAGUGUAGUAUCAACGGGACAGAAUUGUACUCUUCACCUGUUGCAUUUGAUAGGUAUGUCAAAUCUCCAUCAGCUACUAUCCCAUUCCAGUCCAGUUGUGUUACACCAUGGAAGAAUGUUCCAUUAAGAUCAGUACUUCAAGAGGGGCAUGCACCGGGCAAUUCAGAGGCAAAAUCAUCUGAGAAGAGGUCAGUGACUUCUAUCAUGAAACCCAAUAAUGUGAUCUGCUCUUCAGGGUUAAGUAUCAACGACAGAGAGUUUAAUUCUAAACCUGUUGUAGCUGAUACAUAUGUGGGAUCUCCACCAGCAACUUUCUCGUUGCAAUCGAAAUAUCUUACUUCAUGGAAGAGCGAUCCAGUUCUGGUAGAGGCAGAUGCAUUUGAUAGUGCAGAGGAAGAACCAUCCAAAAAGUUCUGUUAAAAGUGUUCACUGCCAAGUAUGAAUGACACAGGGUUGGAAGAACUCUUCGAUCCAAAAUUUCAGUUCUCAUGCUUCCAUCCGGACUGAGUUCCCGUGCCCUUCCAACGGUGGCAGUUCAUUGCAUUAUCUUCAUAUUUAAGUUUUGUGGUAUCAUUGAAAAUGGGAAAGAGUUCAUGAAUUUUUUAGGUCCAGAAAACAUUCAUUCCGACAAUUACAUCGUUGAUGUUUCCAUGUGAAUAGAAUGUACUCAUUGUUCCACAGUAUGGUGCAAUAAAACAAAGAGGCUCACGGCCUGGAAGUGGUGAGCUUUCUGUUUGGGUGAUUGAUCCAUAUUUCUAUCUUCCAUAUUAAUCUCUUCGUGCACCUCAAGUACUUUGUGAACAAA